CCAGAACCUCAUCCCGCAAAUUAAUUGACUGCCAUCCAAAACCUCCACCAUCUCUACACCAAGCCCACCAAUUCACAACCACCAGUCCAACCCUCAACCACUUAGCCACUGGCCCAAGGGCAACCCUACACAGAAACAAUGGCCACCAAAACACCAUCAACAACAGCCCGCAUAACCCACCUCCUCACCCACUGGCCCAAAGACAAAGUCCGCCCGGCCUCCGUCUCCAUCCACGCCUACCUGCAAUCCCGGCUCCCGCAGCCGCAGCCGCAGCCGCAAUCGCCGCCGUCGCCCUCCUCCUCUUCCUCAUCUUCCUCCGCCCGAACAGCCCAAAAACCGGGCCUCUCCGAGGCCAACCUCGACGCCCUCACCUCCCUCCUCAACGACAAGUACGCCCGGCGGUACCCGCUGCCGCCGCGCCUGCGCCACCCGGCCAGUAACCCGCAGCACUACGAGAACGUGAUCCGGGAGUUCGACGAGGCGCCGGACCGGGAUUGGCUGGGCCGGUUGCGGAAGAAGGUCGUGGGGAUGUUGCGGUUGAAGUAGACUUCACCUAUUCCCUUUCUUACCCUGUGGGGGUUUAUGUUUUUUCCAGUGGGUUGCUGUAUGAUAGGGUACAAGGGGGAAGAGAGAGCCGGUAUGGAUGGAUGGGUAGAGGUAGUCUGGGGGCUGGGGCGAUUAUGGCGAAAAGGCCUUGGGCAUUACGCACGGCACACGGCACUCUACUCUUGCUUUCUGGGGUUGUAAUAACAUGGGGGAGCAUUUGGUAGAUGGGUUGGGUUGGGUUGGGUUGGGUUGGCUGGAAUAUGCUUGCUUGCGUCGGGCUUUUAUCGAUCCUGGAGAAACUGGAGAUCGAUUUUAGAGAAGUUCGAAAACUCGAAAACUCGAAACAAGGGGAUGGGAAUCGGGGAUGAAAAACUACUGUACUGUACUGUACUUUUAUGGCUUAUGGCGCAACAAAACUUGUAUAUAUAUUUGGACCUUUAAUGAUGCGCAGCAAUCAAAAGUGAUGGAACUUGAA